AUGAGUUUCUUUGCCAAUCCUCUUGCAGAGGAGGAGGUGGUGCCACCCGACUACCCCUUGGAGCAGUACGACGAGCUCAAGCGCGAGGAUGACUUCAACGAGCUCCUUGUGCGAUCCACAAAGUUGGAGGGUCGUCAAAGUGGCGGCGACGAUGGCACGCCAGCCAACCCCGAACUUGAGGCAUGUUUGCGUCACAUCCGACAGCUGCGCUCCUCUCUGGAGAGUACGUGGCUUCGAAUGAGCGAGUCGCACAUUGAGCCGACCCGUGAGGCGCGCAUCGUGCACACGGUGGAGACAUCCAAUCUGUCUACAUCAAACUCCUCCUUUAUUGGGGCUCUUGACAGUGCCAUCGCGCAGGUACACCACCAUGUUGCUCAGCGUGAACGACUGAACCAACACCUGCGUGCACUGGUUAAGCAGGAGGCUGCUCAGUUUUCUUCCUCGGCACCCCACCCACUCGCUGCGUCUGUGGUAUGCGCGCUCAAUGCACCAAACUGGAGGUGGUCGCCCGAGACACUCUCCUCACCGCACUCGUCGGAGGUGGUAGCCGAGCGUGCAGCUGGGGCUGUCCGUGCACUGGAGACACUCCUCCCUUCCAUGUCGAUGGAGGAGGUCGCGUUGGCAAGUGCUGCGAUGCAGCAACUGUCAUAUGGACUGCAGUCCUGGAGUGCUUUGAAGCACUGCUGCGACGCCCUUCGUGCCACUGUGGCGGUGAAAUUGCAAGAGCAGGCAGAGGCCCAUUGCGCUGCUGAGGUGUUUGCUCGGUGGACCGCGCAGAGGCAGCUAGCAUGUGGUGAAGCGGCCGCAUCGCAGGCGCCAUCUCCAGCGACCAUCACGCCCUCUUUCGACAUCGCGGCGGUGGAGUGCCUCAACAAGGAGCUGAGCGAGGAGAACGGGCGGCUGGAGGUGGUACUUGCGCGUCUCCUUGCCACCCAGCAGCUUGACAAAGCGCAGCCUGACGCCUUCGCUGGAAGUGCUCUGGUGCAGUACGUCUCCCUCACAGACAGUGCACGGGAGCUGGAAGAGGAGAUCGAUCGCCUAGGACGUGCUGUGCUGUACCUUCGUAGCAUUCUGGCAGAGUCCUCUACGAUGGAGUUGUGGGGGGCAUGUAGUGCAGGUGGCGCCGCCGCCCUAUCGACGCAGAACCCCAGCCACGAGGGAACGAAGAGGCUAGCGAGUCGUCUGAGCCGCAUCCACGCCGUGAAGAAGGAGCUGUGGCCGCGGCAGGCAGUGAGCGAUGGCGUAGAGACGGUGAGCGACACCGUCAAUACCAUUCUGUCCCUCGGCUUGAACCGCCUUCUAGAGGUGCACAACGUCUGCCUACAUGCAAUGGCGCUGCUCAGCACUUACUUUGAGAAGCAAUCGGGGAACGCGGCCUUUCUCAGCCACGCAAUGCGCGGCGGCGGUGUGGUAGAGGAUGCCACAGUGGAACGCGUGCUGGAUGUGCAGCCCCCUGACGUGGGGCUGGUGCGGCAGUGCUGUGCUAACAUGCGUAACUUGAGCGCCGAUCUUGACGCCACGCUGAGGAGUAUUGUGGAGAAGUCAAUCACGGCUUCGACCGCCCAUCUCACUCAGUGGAAGGCUGUGCGGGGCCUGUUGACCGAGCUCCUUCAGUCCGCCCUGGCCACGACGCCGUACGUGCACGCCGAGUUUUCGGCACGGCUCGCAGCCUACGCGGAGCCGAAUACGCCGUCCGCCACAACUACAUCUUCCAUCUCCGAAAUGGGGACUCAAGUGCACGCGCGCCUCGACUGGGCGACGGCGGUGCUCGCCGAGGAGGCGAAGGCAUUUGCUGAUGAGAAAGCCACUCAGCGGGAGGUUAUCAUGGCGUUCUGGGCGGCACAGAUAACGGAAGUCAAGAAGAAGAUGGCGUGGCUGGAGAAGCAGCCCAACGCCCCGCUCCUAACGCAGCUGUGCGACGUGGAGAGGGAGAAUGAGCAGCUACGCCAUCAACUGGCCUCCAUGCAGGAGGCUUCCGAGGACGCGUCCGUCUUGGACAGAACGUUGGCAGAACUGCAGAAAUGCACCGCCGAGGAGGCCCGAUGCAAUGCGACAGUGCGGGCAGAGCUCGAGGAGCUCGAGGCUGCAAGGCGCGAGUUGGAGACGCAGCGCGAUGCGCUGCUCUCUUCUCUGCUGUAG